UCUCCCUCCACCCUCCCAUUCUGAAUGUAGUCUGUGUACCCAUAUUCAAAUUCCCAUUUCCCUUAAAUGACCUAACCAUCACAAUAGGGGAAUUUAUGUUCAGAAAUAGGGAGUGAGGAAGAAGGUGCCUGCACAUUUCAGUAGAUCAAAUGCUGUGCCCGCAGUUGGUUUGAUUUUGUUCUGCUUGAGAGGGUACCCAGAACGAAGAAGUCUGUAUCCCAUCUGUUGAAGAAUGGACAGGAUUCAACAUCUGUUAUUAUGGGCUGUGUUGGUGGUGUGCUGUUUAGCUGAGCGGCAGUACUUCCUCCAGUCGAACUCAUCCACCUGGGAACAGGCCAGACUCCACUGCCAGGUGUGCUAUAAAGAGCUGGUGAGCCUCACCCCUGACAACAACCUGCAACUCGUCCAGAACCUAAACUCUAGUUACUGGAUCGGCCUCCGCAAGACUAUCCGCAAUGACUCCUACCCCUGGUCCAGCUGGUCCAACGGAGACCCCCUCACCUUCCAGAACUGGUACCCUGGCCACCCCGUACUCUCCAAGCCCAAGGACCAUGUGAUGAAAGUUAACUACGGCUCCAGCCUCCCCAAUGAAUGUGGGUGUUCCUGCGCCAAUGAGAGCAAGCCUACCAAUGUUACCCCGGCACCUACUGCUGCCGGUAGCUACAAUGAUACUGGUUACGGUAAUGAUACAGAUGGCCCUUUCCCAGAGGAUGAAAACAUGACAACGUUAUCAACGAUGGAAGCCAUGGCAAAGAUGAAACUGAUAGAGACAACUGAGAGGACAACAAUGGCAACAGAGGUGACAACGAUGACAUCUGAAAUGACUACGGGACCAACGUUCUUUACAGGAGUUACUGGUGGCAUCAGUGGGACGAAUGAGACGGACACAGAUGAGAACCAGUGCAUAGCCCUAUACAGUUUUGGACUUUGGUUUGAUCAAAUCUGCUCAAAGCCUACCCCCUAUAUCUGCUAUGAAGACCGUUUCUACGGGAACGCCACCAUGACCAACAAGACCCUACACAGCGGGACUCUGCAUUGGACCCGCGGGCCUGGUGACAUCAGCGACUACAGGGUGGAGGUCAACUCCUCUGACUACAACCUGACCCUAAACCACAGCAACUUGAACCGGGCUUACUUGACCUACGACCUUUCCAACCUCACCGCCGGCACCCAGUACAACGUCCAGGUGUUCCCCAUUAAGUGUGGAAGGGACCUCAACCCACAGAACGUCUCCUUCUACACCAAGCCUGAUGUGAUCAAAUACCUCAACGUCACCAAGGUCUCAGAAACCAACAUCGCCCUGUCCUGGUCCGCUCCUGAGGGUAACCGUGACUUCUACUACAUCCAGGUGAGGGGUCAACCUCAUCUGAAAAUGACCACACACACAGAGAGCGCUGUGGUGAAAGGCCUGAUACCGGGGGGGUACUACACAUUUUAUGUCAACGCCAAAGUGGAGGACGAGUCCAUUGAGGGAGACCCACUGAACAUCUCCUCCUACACCAGUAAGUUACUGCAAACUGUUGUUUGUUGUUGUUUUUUUCCUUUGCAAAUGUUUGACUGGUUUUCCUAGAGGGAAGUUUCUAUAGGGGAAACAGUAAAUAAGGCGUGCCACGUCAAUUUCAUUCCAUUGAGAAAAUGAAUCUGACACGUAAUUAUGAUUGAAAGGUUAGGAUGCAACCACACCCCAAAUCAUUUUCAGACAUUCAAAUUUGUACAUGACCCAGUGCAAAUUACACACACACCGAUCUCUUCUUUCCCCUUCAGAGCCAGGAAAGGUGUCAAACUUAAACGUGUCUGAUCCUACUGCUGACUCUGUCUACCUCCAAUGGGAGCAGCCCGCAGGGAAUAUCUCUGGGUUUAGAGUGGACGUCUUGCAUGAAGAAAACGUCAAUAACAAGUUUGUAGGCUACCAUAGAA